AUCGUCGACGACUGGUACCACAUGGUGCACGCGUCGGUGGUGAAGAGGUCUACGGAGCCACACCUGGGUGUACACGAAAGGCUGAUACGAGACCGCAGGGUGCGCCGGGCCGAGCAACAGCGGGUCAAAUCACGAACGAAACGAGAUCUGAUCAAACGCGGUCCGUCCAAUCUCCACACGAUUCUGAAUGACGAGAGGUGGUCACAGAUGUGGUACUUGAAUAGGGGGAACGGAUUGGAUAUGAACGUGCAGGAAGCUUGGGCCGAAGGAAUUACGGGGAAUGGAAUCGUGGUCACGAUUCUUGACGAUGGAUUGGAAAAAGAUCAUCCGGAUCUCUAUAAAAAUUACGACCCGCAAGCCAGUUACGACGUGAACAAUCACGACGAGGAUCCUAUGCCGAGAUACGAUCUUCUGGACAGUAAUCGACACGGCACCAGAUGCGCCGGUGAAGUGGCAGCCACUGCUAAUAAUUCCAUCUGUGCAGUCGGCGUCGCCUUCGGAGCUGGCAUCGGGGGGGUCAGGAUGUUAGACGGAGACGUGACAGACGCUGUUGAAGCCCGAUCUCUGAGUUUAAAUCCUCAGCACAUCGACAUUUACAGUGCCUCCUGGGGCCCGGACGAUGAUGGGAAAACAGUGGACGGCCCCGGUGAACUCGCCACCAGAGCUUUCAUCGAAGGAAUCACGAAGGGUCGGAACAGCAAGGGAUCGAUCUUCGUUUGGGCGUCGGGGAACGGCGGCAAGGACCACGACAACUGCAACUGCGACGGCUACACAAACAGCAUCUGGACCUUGUCUAUCAGCAGCGCGACGGAGAACGGACAGGUGCCUUGGUACAGCGAGGCCUGCUCCUCGACCCUGGCCACUACCUACAGUUCAGGUUCAGCGGGGGAGAAACAAGUGGUGACCACCGACUUGCAUAACCAUUGCACCAGCAGUCACACCGGGACAUCGGCAUCGGCGCCUUUGGCAGCCGGCAUCUGCGCCCUUGCCCUCGAGGCCAACAAAGAGCUCACUUGGAGGGACAUGCAGCAUAUUGUCGUCAGGACCGCGAAACCUGCGAACCUGACAGCUCCGGACUGGGUCACGAACGGUGUUGGCAGAAACGUGAGCCAUAGUUUCGGUUAUGGGUUGAUGGACGCCGCAGCCAUGGUGCGUUUAGCGAGAAGAUGGCGGACCGUGCCGGAACAACAUAAAUGCGAAGUCUCGGCGCCUCAUAUGGGCAGGCCAAUACCACCAAAGAGCCAGUUAGUUCUGGAAUUGAACGUCAAGGAGUGUAGCGGUGUUAAUUUUCUCGAGCACGUGCAGGCGAAGGUAUCUCUGAUGGCUACCAGAAGAGGGGAUCUCCAGAUACAGCUAACGUCUCCACAAGGGACGAAGAGCACCCUGCUCGCGAAAAGGCCACACGACAUCUCGAAAGCCGGUUUCAAUCAAUGGCCAUUUAUGUCGGUUCACACUUGGGGUGAGAGGCCGCACGGCACGUGGAAACUUGAAAUCCACAAUGAGGGUCGAUAUCAAGGCCGCGCGACCCUCCACGAGUGGGCGAUCAUCUUCUACGGAACGUCAACGCUACCCGAUCGGACAGAAUACGCUUUAUACAGCCCGGCCAGCAUGAAUAUUCCCAGAAGACCGUUCGUGAAGCCCCGGGAGACAGUGUUCUCGAAGUCACAGAACUCACUGACAGGCUCGAAGAGCAAGCAGGCUCAGCACAAGUCGGAGAAGUCCGGUAACCUGAGUCCGCCUUACGUGGUAAACGCGCAAACGCAGACCCAGAGGAAGAGCAAGGCCCGAGGACAGCAUAAGAACGGUAAAUCGGCGAACAGGCCGACGCCCAAGCCGACGGUUCAGACUCUGAGAGGACUGACGGCGGCCAGGGGGCCUAACAUCGCUGGAGAGGUUCGCCUGAUCACGUCGAGACCUCGAGGAAGGAGCACGCCGAGUCCGAUCACCAGCACGGUCACCCAGACCAGGCCUACCAUCACCGUCCCGACCACCAGGAUCACCAGCAGACAAAGAAUCGUCGACAUAGUGACCGCCUCGUCUCUUCAGAGGGGCUUAAUCCUCCUGGAACCGCCUGCGAAGCCCAUGAUCGAGAACGUGCCAGAGAUCUUCCAACAAUACCCGAAGAUCCAAAAGCUCUACCCAAUCUACCCUGUCUAUCCCGGUGUCCGGGGAACUGGACAGCACGCGACCAGGGCCAAGGGGCUCGAUCUGCUGCAGGACGAACAGAUGUUCGAUUCGAAGAACCUCGACAAGGACAACCUCGACCAAUUCAAGCUAGUGUUCUACGGAACGGAAACGUCGCUAGAGUUGGACGACGAGCUGGACAGGGACAAGCCGGUGCCAUCGGUGAACCGAGUGGAGGAGAUCCCGGACAAUUCGGCGAUCGGCGCGAGGCACAACGCGGUGGAUACCGAGGGCGAUCCAUGGAUGGACAGCCAGCAGGUGGAGCGCGUGUCGCAUCCUGAGGUACAAAGACCAACGACGGAGAACCAGACAAGCGGCUGCAGUUCGGUGGACCCUGGAAAUGGCAGGUGCCUAGGUGGGUGCCUCAUUCUACUCCUUCUAGCCUACUUGACCUGUGAGACCAGCUGGGGGAGCCUGGUGUCCAGCUGGCGGGAGCCGACGAGUGUCCAUAGCCGUGGGGACCUCGUCGAGGUCUCCCCGGGUCCAGGCUGGACGUCGUUGAGCGAAAGAAGCUCGACCAAGGUGUCCGAUACGAGCUCGGCGCUCGACAGGUCGUCGGGUGCUCCCCGGUGCUCAUGAUGACAUCCCUGGACGAUCGAUACCUUGGUCUCUCGGAGCACGGUCUAGCCGUGCUCGUCGAGAGAUACCUCCCAUGCCAGGUGUCGACGCGUUCGUUCAAACUUUGUGUGUUGUGAUCCCCCAAGAAGCGAAGCGAAGCGAGCCGCCUUCUCAUCGACGUAUUUCCUCGAUUAUCGCUGGAGAACGGACUCCGAGGAUGUGCCGAGCAUCGAGCUUAAGACAGACACGAAAUGACGAAAACCAAACGGGAAAUUGUCCUAUGGGCUGAUCUGAGAUAGAUAGAUAGA